CCCACCAACACCCCCCCUCAAAACACAAUGUCUUGCAACGUCCUCACCAACCCCAGUUUCGAGACCGGCACCCUGGACGGAUGGUACGGCACCUCGGGCAGUAUCGCAACCGUCGUCCAGGGCUCCAUCGCAUACGACGGCAACUACUACCUCGAUGUCACCGGCACAGCCGCAAACCCUACAGCCUCCGUCGCCCAAGACCUGUACUGGCUCGACGAGACGAAGACGCUCGACCUCACCCUCUGGGUUCGCUUCGAGAACACCAUCUCCUCCGCCACGGGCCACUGCGAAGUGAGCGCCUAUCUCGGCGAGGACCCGACCGCGGGCGCGAUUGCCUCCGACAUCAUCUGGGACAGCGACGAGUGGCUCCGGUUGACGGGAAGCAUUCUUCCCGAGGAGAGGAACACGACCCUGAACUUGGUGGGCUCUUGUAUUGAGCUUGGGAAUGCGACGAUUGCCAAUGUUCUGUUUGAUGAUGUUGUGUUGAGUGAUUGCUAGAUGGGGUGAUAUAACAGUGGGUAUAAGGUUGACGUCGGUUGGAGAUAGCUUAUGAUAUUGUGGUGAGGAUGUAUGGAUGUAGGUAGGGUGUCUUGGCACUAAUAGCAUGCGUAUAGUUGUUUCCGUUUAUGUUUGAUUGGGGGCGUAGUCCUGGAGAUAUCCGAUGACGAUGACUUGGUGUGGUCGAGGAAUAGGUAGGGGGUGUAUAUGUGGCACAGCACACUCCGUGUCAGUCGAACAAAUACAGCGAUACUUAGGGUUAGAAGAACUAUUCAUACUGUAGCUCCAAAGGUGCAGAGUCACCCGGCUU